AGGAGGGGUAUACACGUUGUUAGUUACGUUCUCGACGGCCAUACGAUGGCUCACAUCUUGAACUUACCUGCGGAGAGGGGGGAGAGAUCGUAACGGCCGUUAUGAUCGCCCGUCCACGAAGAAAGGGACACGCGAAAUCCCGACUCUUUCUUUGCGGAGAAUCGCGGUACAUGUGCGCAGGAUCGAGAAAGCGAUACAGCGAAGGGAAGAGGCGAAAUGUUACGUUAGGAUUAAUUAACGCUGCGCGCGUUUUUUACAACUGCGACUGCCGUGAUAAAAGCCCGAAUGCUGGUAUUCAAUCGCAAACAGGAAAGAGGGACGUGUGUAUACGUGCAGCAUGCAGAAAGUUGUACCAAAGAUUUAAAACCUUUGGAAAUUUUAAUUUGGAAGACGACGAUUGGAAGACGUUCAAGUGCAUCGAGAAAGUUUGAUGACGGUGAUUUAGACGAAUUGACUCGAUGAAAAUCCAAGCCAGACGCAAGAAGAAUUAGCAGAAAGAUUGGAAGUCACCAGACAAACAGAAUCUAUCUCCGACUGAAACAAUUGGGUAAUCUUGUAUUUGCUUUAAUAAAAUGCUAAUAAAAUGCUAAAUAAAUGCUGUA